GAACAUUACAGUAGAACCCACUACACGUAACACAUACACACAGAUAUAGAUAGAGAGAGAAGAUCUCAACUUUUCAUAAGAGCUUUUCAAAAUAUGGGUGAAGAGAAGAACGAAGAGGCAAGCAAAGAGGGCAAAAAAGAAGAAGAGAAAAAGGAAGAAGAAAAGAAAGAUGAAGAGCCUCAAGAAAUUGUGCUCAAGGUUGACAUGCACUGUGAGGCCUGCUCCAGAAAAGUUGCCAAAUCUCUGAAAGGAUUUCAAGGAGUGGAGGAUGUAACGGCAGAUUACAAGGCCAGUAAAGUUGUAGUGCAAGGCAAAACUGCAGACCCUGUAAAAGUGAGCGAGAGAAUUCGAAAGAAAAGUGGCCGAAAAGUAGAAAUCAUUUCACCAUUGCCAAAGCUACCUGAGGAGGUUAAGGAAGAAAUUAAAGAGGAGCCCAAAGAAGAAAAGAAAGAAGAGCCACCUGCUGUUAUAACAGUAGUGUUAAAAGUUCGAAUGCAUUGUGAAGCAUGUGCUCAAGUACUGCAUAAGAGAAUUAGAAAAGUUAAAGGUGUAGAAUCUGUGACAACUGAUCUUGCAAAUGAUAAAGUAAUUGUGAAAGGCGUUCUUGAUCCUGAGAAGCUUGUAAACGACGUGUACAAGAAAACCCGUAAGCAAGCAUCAAUAGUGAAGGACGAAGAAAAGAAGGAAGAGGAGAAGAAAGUCGAGGAAAAAAAGGAAGAAAAACCAGAUGAAAAGAGAGAAGAAAGUAAGGAAGAAGAUGAUACUAAAAUCGACAUCAAGAAAAGCGAAUACUGGCCUCCUCCCAGGUGCUACAUGGACUACGCGUACCCGCCACAAAUGUUCAGUGAUGACAAUCCACAUGCUUGCUAUGUUAUGUAAUCGAUUCGUUUACUUUCAGGGCAUUUUCGUUAGUUAUUUUACGUUAAAUUUGCCAUGUACUAGUAUAUAUCAUUAAUUAUACUGUUCUUUGGUAAUCCAAAGUUUGUGCCCUCUGCAGCAUUUUUCAAAAAUAACUCUACAUCCUGUUGUUUCAAGGGAAAUAAUUCUAUACAUCUUGGAAUA